ACAGAAUCGGAUCGAAACAAAUGCAAUAUGCAGCUUGCUCUUAAAUACUACAAAGUAAUGUGAAUAAUCAUAAUAACUGUUUAGUAUUCAUUGAACUUUUGCGGUCGCCAUACAUUAACAUAAUGUUGUCCAAAUUAAUAAUAAUCUGCUUCAUAAUAAAAUUAGUGUCUAGCAGGAGUUUUACAAUAGUUGUGGACACGACUGAUUCUAUGGAAAUUGAAAUAAACAUUAUAAAAGCUAAUAUCGCGUCUGUUCUAAAUGUCGUAAGAAGUAUUCCCGAUAUAGAAAACUAUGUAAUUGUGCCAUUUAACGAUCCAGAUGUGGGAAUCCCAAUAGUAUCAGAAUCACCGGACAUAUUCCUGAAUUCAAUAUACACGAUAUCAACCAGCGGUGGGACGGACUGCCCAGAAAACUCCCUAGCUGGUAUUCGCAAAGGCCUUGAAGUCAGUAAGGACGAAUCGCAUAUUUUUGUUUUUACCGAUGCAUUCGCUAAGGAUUACAAUGAUAUUGAUGCCAUAAAAUACCUGUGUCAAACUAGACGGAGUAAGGUCAUCAUAUUCUUAAGUGGGUUCUGUAGAUCGAACGAGACUAGCCUGGAAACGUACAAAAGCGUAGCUGAAUAUUGCUCUGGUGUAAUAUUACAAUUAAAUCCAGCAAGAUUUAGAGAAUCAUUCAGAUAUAUGAAAGAAAUUGUACCAGUGGAGUGGAACAAUAUCCUUACUCUCACGCCAUCUAACAUUACAGAUCCUCAACUGUUUUCAGUGGAAAAUUAUACAACAGAUGUGAUGAUAACGAUAACAGGAGAGCAUCCAUCCAUUACAAUUAAAGGAUAUCGUUCUGAAGAGACCGUCGAGUAUGAAGUAAUAGUACAUUCCGACUAUGACAUGGUGAUACGAGUUAAAGCAAAGGUAGGGCUGUACACUGCUGUGAUUAAUUGCCGACCAUGCUCUGCUAAACUGUACAAAAGAAACAAGUUGCCCUUUCAAUAUGGAUUCUCAACACGGCUUGCUAAAGAUAUUAGAGAAACUACAGACAAACCAUUACCGGACACUACAAGUUAUAUUAUUAUAUCAAUACCGGCUAAUAUACGUGUCAUAUCAAUCAAAGUUGAGUUGAUAUUUUUUGAUAAUAGCGAGAUAAAGUCUUUAAGUGUAAAACAGUUCAUCCACAAUCCUGGAUUCUAUUUUACCAACAUUUAUAUGAAUUCUAAAAGGACAUUUAGAAUUACCAUCCACGUACUGUCGGGUUCAAGUUCGAGAAUCACAGGCUCGACUGGUAUUUUACAACCUCAAAAAUUAGAUGCCGUGGCAACCUCGAAGAAACCAUCAAUUGAAAUGAUAGAUUCAAAAAUUCUAUUAGAUUUUGAUGCAAAUGUAACUAUACCUGCUAAAAUUAAAGGCUAUCCCAAACCAGACAUAUGGUGGGAAAAUAAUGAUGGAGAAAGAUUAAAAUCAGAGACCAUAUUAUUGGAAAUACCAUAUGUUUAUAUGAGUUAUGUCACUGUAUAUAAUAUUAUGGCCAAUACUACAAUAUACUGUAAAUCCAGAAACUCGGAAGGCGAAGAAUCCCAAGCUAUUGAAUUAUUUGUAAACAGAUCUGCCACUUUAGAAGUAUUACGAACCCCUGACAAUGAAACAUUCGAGUAUGGCACAGAAGGAAAAUUGUAUUGCGAAAUAUCAGCGUAUCCUGAAGCUAUUAUAACUUGGUAUCAUAAUGACACUGUAAUUGAUUCUAAUAAUUUUGAUAAUCUACAAAUUGUACUAGAAGAUAAUGCUUUACUAAUAAAAAACAUGAGUUUCGACAAUGUCGGCGAAUAUAAAUGCCUAGUAUCUAAUACAGUGGAAACUAAAUGUUUUACAGCUACAGUCCAAAUUUCUGGCUUAGAAUUUCCGCAAGUAGCAUUCAAUAAUUCAGAAAUAAUUCUUCAACCAACAGACAUAAUUGACAUCGAAUGUUGGAUACUAGAGGGAAAACCGGAACCUGCAGUAUCGUGGACAUAUAAAUCUGAUGACGACUUUGAAUUUAAUACAAUUCCUGAUGGAGUAGAUGUUGUUGGAAGAAAAUUAAGAUUUUCUCACGUCAAUAAAAAAAAUGAAGGAACUUAUAAAUGUGAAGCUAAAAACAUAUUAGGAACAGAUUCAAAAGAGUUAUCAGUUAAACUACAAUAUGCGCCAGUAAUAAAGAGUACCGGUGAAGAUACUUUGACUGUUAGAGAAACUAAACUAGUGGAACUACAAUGCGAAGUAGACGCUAUACCUGCAGCAGAAGUACGGUGGGAGACGUCGCAAGAUGAUGUGAUUGUACCGUCAAAUCCUAGACAUACGACCGAUGAUUAUCAUACACUUAGAUUCGUAGCCUUAAUGGAAGAUUCUGGUAACUACUAUUGCAUAGCAGAAAACAAACUUGGAAGAGCACAAAAAACAGUACGAGUCAACGUAUUGGUGCCACCGUAUAUCCGACCUGAGGCACCAAUUAUGGAUGUACGCACUGGAGAAACUGCUAUGCUAGUUUGCAAUGUGCAGACUGGUAAUCCUGCUCCUAUGACACGUUGGGAAUUUUUAGCACCAGAUUCCACAAACACUGUAUUGCAAAGAGGCAAUGCCACAAACACUCUUGUACUUUACAAUGUAAAUAAAAAUAACGAAGGAUAUUACGUAUGUAUAGCAUAUAAUAAUGUGGGUACAGACCGUAUUAAAACAUAUCUAAGAGUGUAUUAAUUAACUUAUUAGAUUUUAAAAUAUUUUUAAUAAACUGUAUCAUAAAU